CCCGCCGAAAAGCCCCUGAACGCAUCCGUAUAAAACUGUCAGUGAAUGAAAUGUCAUUUUGUAUGUCCAUAGUGUUCAUAUAGCUCUAUUGCCAAAUGUAUUACGACUGUGCUUUACACUGCCACUAUGCUGCAUAUUUUUGAAUACACAAAACAGUGAAAAAGGGUAGUACUUGGGUAGUACAGAUUUCAAUUAUUAUAUUUUACCAUUUAUAAAGCUACGGAAACACGAGUGUCGGGCGAUAUUAUCGUUAUCGUAGUUUGUAACCUAUUAGUAAAUUCAAGUUUAUAGUUAUUUUAUAUUAAUGACGACAGUAAUUGAACAGAAAAUAUGGAAAUAUGAGAAUUUUAUGUCUUUCUGUCUGCCAUUUCGUUGGUAUAAAGCUUGUAAGUUACAUAAUAUGGUAUUAGUUUCCUUGAACAGUUGGAUCAGGUGACAAUGAGUAAAAUGUUCGCAAAGAAUUCCUGUUUUCACAUAUCUUCACUAGUGAAGUACCAUUGGAAGCGUUGUAAUCAGUGUAUAAAGUUAUUAUCGUCAAACGCACCAGAAUUAUCAUUAUCCAAUGAAGAGCCUUGGCAGAUAUAUUCACAGAAGGUGGCAGAUGGAACAUUGGUCAAAGAUGCACACCAAGAAAAAGUAGUGAAAGAGCUCCAAAAAGUAUAUCAAGAAAUUAUAGCGUUUGACAGGCCCAUUAUAAAACCACAAAACAGUACAUUUUUAAACUUUUUUAAAAGAAUUGAGCCACAAAAAAUUAUAGCUCCUAAAGGGCUUUAUAUCUAUGGCAGUGUUGGUGGAGGGAAAACAAUGUUGAUGGAUUUAUUUUAUGAUACAAUUCCGAUCAAAGAAAAGUUGAGAGUUCACUUCAAUUCAUUCAUGUUGAAUAUACACGCUAGAAUACAUGAAUUGAAAAUUAAGUCUGGAAAAGGAGCAAGUUCAUUUCGCGAAGGGGGUCCUAAACCAUUUGAUCCUAUUCCCCCAGUUGCAGCAGAUAUCACACAAGAGUCAUGGCUCAUUUGCUUUGAUGAGUUUCAGGUAACAGACAUAGGUGAUGCAAUGAUUUUAAAACGUUUGUUUACUCAGUUGUUUGAUAAUGGAUGUGUUGUGAUAGCCACAAGUAACAGAAAACCUGAUGAUUUGUACAAAAAUGGGUUACAAAGAUCUAACUUUUUGCCUUUUAUUCCAAUAUUAAAAGCACAUUGCGGUGUUAUUCAGUUAGAUUCUGGAAUAGACUAUAGGUUACGUGGUAUGGGCAACAAGUACAGUAAAUACUUUUUAAAUAGUGAGUUAACCCCAGACAACAAUGCAGUGAACAAUUUAUUUAAAUUUCUCAUAUCAAAGGAGACUGACACAGUCAGACCUCGUGUUAUAAAUAUUAUGGGCAGAAAUGUCAAGUUUGCUAAAGCUUGUGGGAGGGUUUUAGAUUCUACUUUCGUGGAAUUGUGUGAUAGACCUCUUGGUGCUAGUGAUUACCUUGUGAUAUCUAAGACUUUCCACACUGUAUUCAUAAGGGAUUUACCCCAGUUGUCUAUAAUUCGUCAUAGAUCUCAGUUGAGGAGAUUCAUUACUUUAAUUGACACAUUGUAUGACAAUAGAGUGAGGGUUGUCAUAUCAGCAGAUGUUGAGCCAAAGGAACUUUUGUCAUUGGAUGAAAUUGAUGAAGUUGGUGACUCAGACAGAAUGUUAAUGGAUGAUUUGAGAAUUACAAAAGAUUCUGAGGAUGCAAAAGCUGCGAUAUUUACAGGCGAAGAAGAAAGAUUCGCGUGUGAAAGGUGCCUUUCUAGAAUAAUGGAAAUGCAGACGGACGAAUACUGGGAAAAGUGGGGAAAGCAUAUAAAUUGACGAUUUAUUGUAGUUAGAACAAUAUCUAGCAAAUUAACAUAUUUCAUGCUACUUACAAAGAUUUUGCACUUUCAUAUUAUGCUAAGUUACCUUAGGUUGUACUGAGUUCCAAGCAAUAACUGAUACUCAAUUACGUUAUUUAUUUGCCAUAUAAUUAUAGAGUAGUAAAAAAAGUAUUGUUUGUAAACUUUUUCUUAUUCUUAUUUUUAAGCGGACGUAACUAGGUAAAAGAAUUUCGUUGUAUUUGUUGACGUUAAAAAAUGAGAUUUUGCGCUUAAAAAGUAUUAGCUAACAUUCUGAUUAUUUAUAUACUUAAUAAUUUUAGCAAUUGUUACUUUAGUACAUUCAUACACAUUUAAAGUAGUACGCGAGGAGAAUUAGCGGAAUAAGCGGAGAUGUUACAAUGCAGCUAAUACCUACACCUCACCAAUUAUACGUUAGUUAUAGUUGUCGAGGCCCAUGUUUGAAAAAUCAUCGUAAAGGAUUUACAAAGAUAUAUGAGUUUUCUUAUCUGCUAGACGAGACAUCGCUUGGCGUAGUUAACACAAAUUGUACAAUAAGCUAUUCAAUCAAAAAUUAAAUGUUUUGAUAUUUUGGGGGCAUUUAGUUCUGCAUUGUGCAAUCUCCAUUAAUUAUGUUUUUGUGGUCAUAUUAAGAAAUAAUUUAUUUUGUUAAUUUAUUUUAUUAUUAAUAAAAAACGUUUGCGUGAA